AGCUCCUUCCAUGAUGAGAGGCUAUCUAUUCAACAGAAUCUUAAAACCAAAACUCGUGCUUGUGAUUUACUACAGAGGCAGAAGAUCAACUUGUGAAGACAAAACUGCGGAUGUGGAUGAUGUUAGCAGAUAUACUGAGUUUAAUCGAGAAAUUCUCAAUUGAGUAUAGUGCUUUACAUAUUCCAGUAAAUAGGAACGUAAAGUGAUCAGAUAACAGUAAAUUUAUAGAUGAAUUUUAGAUGACGUAGACGUUGCUGAUCGUCGUGAGCAAUAUCGAAGCGAAAGCUUUUUGCAUAGACAUUUUAGAACUCGAAAAAAUUCUUUGAAUUGUCGAAUUGAAUUUUUGAAUACUUGAAUUAUUUUCGAUACUCGCUUAAAAGUAAUUUAACGUAUUAUAGACAAACCCGCAUAUCUACAAUAUUGGAUUUCAUCCGAAAUUUGCAAUAAAUAAUGGAAAUAAAUAAUCUUAUGUUAGAUUUUGGAGUCUACGAACAUUUUCUUAUGGGAAAACCCCACCUAUAAUUGCUUCAUAUGCACCGAGUAUGGAAAAAUAAUAAUCUGUUACAAAUUGCUGUUUUUGCUCUCUUCUUUUUUUGAAACUAAAGCCUUCUCAGUCUUUUUUAUACGUAAAUUUCGCAUUUGUAGUUACCGUUUCUACUUUGGUGGUGGGUAGCGGUGGCUUAUAGUUGAGCAGGCAAGAAUAACAAAGCUUCUAUGUCAAUGUUUUUUAAACUGGCCACCAUUAUAUUUUGCAUAGUUUACCGCUGAUUAGUUUCACGAAAGAAGCAGAUGACCACGCCAGGUGCGGUGAGUGCGCCGGUGUACCACGAGCGACAACUGAAAGAACUGUGCGCUUUGCACGCGUUAAAUAACCUAUUUCAAGAUGGAAAGGCGUUCAACAAGCAUAUGCUUGACCAGAUAUGCCACAGUUUGUCUCCGGAUCAUCUGGUGAACCCACACAAAAGUGUACUGGGGUUGGGAAAUUACGAUGUGAACGUUAUCAUGGCAGCCUUGCAAAGCAAAGGUUUCGAAGCCAUCUGGUUCGAUAAGAGGAAAGAUCCAUCCAUGAUUGACCUGGCAAAGAUUCUAGGUUUCAUCCUUAACGUCCCUAACGAGCUCAAGUUAGCUUUUCUUCAGUUCCCUCUAUCCAGGAAGCAUUGGGUAGCGGUACGAGAAAUACGUCAACUUGUCACCGAGCCAUACCCCGUUUGUGAAUUCUACCCCGGGUCGAGGCCACGCGGCGAACCAGCAGGGCUAUUUUUCAACCUCGACUCAAAGCUCGAUGUGCCGUUAUUUCAGUGGCCUGUUGAAAUGUCUAGCCCUUCUCACGAUGAUCCUCCGCCUUUAUCGAAGAAAAGAAGCAAAGUAAGAGAGGAAUGGCCGAAACACGCUAUGUAUGCAGUGAUGUUAGUAUUGAAAUAAGCCGGUAUAUAAUUUCAAGUGUAGAUUAAAUCCGUCAGCCAACAGUCGAGAAAGCCGUGUGCUGCAAAGUGUUGUUGAGGACUGAAACAGCUAACUGACAGAAAAUGAACGAACGCUAAAAGGUGUGAAUGAAACCAAAUAACAGCACACGAGGCUUUGAAUAAGAGUUGACCGGGCUCAGAUUUGGGUUUGGUUCAGGUUUUCGAAGCUUCAGGAAUGAAAGGUGGAAAUGUGUGGAGUAGAAUAGAUGGAAAAAACAAGUCCAUAUGACACCACUAAUUUGCUCUGCUUAUCGCUGUUCGUUAUUUCUAGUAGUUGAGAAUUUUAUUGACAUAGUACAGGUAGAAGAAUGGAAUGCAGAGGUCAUCGCAAAGAAUGGAAAACUAGCAUACCUUAAAUGUGUAAUGCGUUCAUCAUCAUCAUCCGUGAUCGUUCAUUGGUGACAAUAUAGAAGGUUCAGAAACUAACUUCAUAUAAGUUGCCAUGAAUAUAUCUGCGUGACGCAAUAAGAGCAGAACUGCUGAGAAUCGAUUGUCUCAAAUUAUCAGUCAGCUCGAACGCUGUGCGUGAUAAUCAUAAACGCUUUUCUCUUGACUUUUUCUGAACGCGGGCUUUUAUCGCUUAGACUGAUCCCAAGUCGAGAAUUUAAUGCUUGUUAUAUGCAGGUAUGGCUCGCGGAACCGUGCAGUGGCGAUAUUCGAAGGAAAAAUGUAAACGUCUUGUCUAACCAAUGUACGGCAGUCACAAAAAUCGCCGUGUAUAUAUAUAUAUAUAUAUAUAUAUAUAUAUAUAAUGAAUGAAUUGUUUGUAUAAAUGGUUCACAAAUAGUAAAAAAACCUAGAACAAUGUAACGCUACUGCUAAGUAAGCUCUUGGAGAGUGCUGUUCUUCUCAUAGACCCGCCAGAAUUUCGUCCAGGGAUAACUCGUCUGAAUUAAAAGCGGGUGAGCGCAUAGUUUGUGUAGUGCAACAUAUAUUUUUCAAACACCGCACUGCGCAUUCGGGUCUUCAAUCUGUCAAUUUUAUAGCGGCUCCAUAUAUAUAGCGAAUUCAGAAGUUAAACUCUAUCCGGUUACGUAACACAUCACGCACCGGCGCAGCAGUUUAUAUGCGUUCUGUGGGCAAGGCCUGUUUUGUUGGUGAGUAUCUACAAAAUAUAAUUAUUAUUUAAUGAGUGGGAAAAACGUGUUAUUUAAAAAGCCUCGUAUUGUUGUUACAGGCCAAGAGGCCUACUGGUAAAGUCAUCCACACAUGUUCUAGUGGUGGAUAGAUGUUAUACAAUAAUAACCAGUGAAAAAAACGCUAGGCAAUGUUGGAGGAAGUAAGGGUUUAAAAGAAUGUCUCUCAAUAUAAUUAGGGUGAUGUAUAACUGUAUAGGUAUCUAAUUGUGUGAAGCAAUCAAGGAGAGUUUAAAAUCAAGUACAACUUUGGUACAGGCUCCUUGUUCUGUUUGAAAUUGAGAAUGUUUAUGCUUGUAUGACUGAGGUGUGUACAUGAAGGCUGUAUCAUACGAUUAGUUAGGAGAAGCGCUUGAUAAAAUAUGACGAGAAAGGGAACGAGAUUAAAAGAUGAAUGCAGGAAAUAUCGAGAAUGUACGUAUUUUGGUUAUAUUAAUUACUUUGUAUUUUGAUCAUUAUUAUCCAACUGAUUAUGGUUCAUGUAUAAACUACUGGUUUAAGUACGACUUCGUUUGGCUGAAAGCUAAGAGUUUUUGUAUAGUAUACACAAUAAACUGAAGCAACGAAAUCCUGAUGCAGAUGGAUUGCUUUUCUAGUACAGGUCUUCUUCUUCAUGUUCAUAAUAAAUUGACAAUUGUUCGUCUUUUUCUAGUACUAAAAGCUAAUCUAGACAUUCAGCUUGCGCACGGCCAGGUCUCACUCGUCGGCGAAACGGACAAAAUGAAGGUAUCAGUGGUAGCAUUUUAGGAAAAUAAACUAUUAAAACAACUCUAAGAAAAACUUCUUGCUCAUUCCUUCAUGUCUUGGUCUGACACGAAUCGUCAGUCUAAAUGCAUUACGACGCAACGACAUCUGUAUUUAAGUAUUUUCGAGUUACCGAAUAGUUUUAUGACGCCCAAGUAUACGUGUAUGUGCGUACGUGUAUAUCUGCAGAUAUGCGGUCUUAAAUGGAAGUUAUGGUAGAGUCUGUGGUGUGGACUGGAGUAGUACAUUCGUAGAAAUCCAAAUGAGAAACUCUGUGCGGUUACACGUGCAUAUGAUAAUACUUAUGGGUUAAGUGACGCUUGGUUUGAAAGCACAGCCGCUCUUCUUACUAUGGGUUUUACCGCCUUUUCACACUAUCAUCGUUCAGCACCGUGAAAUACAGUUCAUUAGUAGAGAAAUAUCUAGAGGUCUAAAUGUGUGGUGCGUGGCCAUCCACAGAGAACUACAUUUCGGUCGUCACCAAAAACUAUUGUAAAUGGGGUGAUUAUAAUUGUACGAUUAUUUAUUUAUAAAGAAAGCUUGUUGAUCAGAAAAAAACAAACAAAUCACAGAACAUAGAUAGCAUUUGUCCUUUUUUUUGAAAUAUCAAGAAUUAUAUAAUCAAAGUAUCCUCUCUGACGUCCUGCUGUGUUUUGCCUAGUACGUUUAAUUCUUAAUCGCUAUUCUCGUGAAUAUCAAAUAUAAGAUAGCUUAAUAUUUAUUUGGAGAGGGCUUGCCUAUAAGCGUGUAUGGUGUAAGGCACUCUUAUUGUAUUAUUAUCGUGUCUCACUGCCAAAUAAUAAUAUAAGUCGUCAGCCGGGCGCGCUAAGCAGGUAUCAAUGUUUCGACUAUUCCUAGA